AUGUCUGUCAGUAUCUUUGAUCUACAGUUCGAGCAACAUCGCUCCGCGUUGGGUAUACACCAAACUACGCCCCGGAUAUCCUGGCGAUUUGAAGGCGACGCCGCUAAUUGGACUCAACUCGGGUACGAUCUUGAGGUUACGAAACAAGGUAUAACCGAAGUCUUCCACGUCGAAUCUGCUGACUCCGUAUUCGUCCCAUGGCCUACUGUUCAGCUGAGCGAAGGUGAAUCUGCCUCCGUACGUGCUAAGGCAUAUGGGCACAAUGGCCAGCCGGAGACUUCCUGGUCAAAGUCCGUUACUGUUGAAACCGGUUUACUUUCACCAGAGUCUUGGCAAGGCGCGCUCACAAUAACGACGCCGGAUAAGAGGGCGGAUCGUAAUACCACACAGCAUCCGGCACUCUUUAGGAAAGACUUCCCUAUCGAUAGUGAAGUUCAAUCGGCGCGACUCUACAUCACCGCUCUCGGUAUAUACGAAGCAGAGCUCAACGGACAGCGCGUUGGGGAUUAUGUUCUCGCUCCCGGUUGGCAGUCAUACGCGCAUCGCCAUGUUUAUGACACGUACGAUAUCACGAGUUUUCUGAAAGCAGGCGAUAACGCCAUUGGCGUGACCAUCGGGGAAGGUUGGUUCUCGGGCCGACUCACAUGGGGCGGCGGAAUCAACAAUGUCUACGGUGAGGAUCUCGGACUGAAGUCUUUACUCAAGAUCAGCUUCAAGAACGGAACGAUCCAGUACAUCGGCACCGACGAGACUUGGAUGUCUACCGAAGCUCCUACUUAUUCCUCCUCGAUCUAUGUCGGUGAAUCCUUUGACUCGCGUCUCGUGCAGAAGGGGUGGUCGUCACCCGGCUUCGAGAACCAAAGUGCUUGGAAAGGUGUCCGGCCGACUCUUGGCCCGAGCCAUCUAGUUCAUGCUGACGGUCCUGGAAUACGUCGCAUCGAAGAAGUCACUCUAAAGAGCGUCACCUCCAGCCCCAAGGGCGCUACCUUGCUCGACUUUGGACAGAAUCUCGUUGGGUGGCUGAAGAUUAAAGUCGAUGGGCCGAGUGGGACAACAAUCAAGCUCACGCACGCAGAGGUUCUCGAAAACGGCGAAAUUGGGACGCGUCCUCUUCGAGGCGCUCUCCAGACAGACUACAUCACUUUGAACGGCGAGGGCGAGCUGACAUGGGAGCCCAAGUUCACAUAUCAUGGAUUCCGGUACGUCCAAGUCGAAGGAUGGCCUCAGGAAACGUCGCUCGAUAGCAACAGCGUCUCAGCCGUGGUAGUUCACACCGACCUAGCAAGAACUGGAUACUUCAGGAGCAGCAAUGAUAAGCUCAAUAGGCUGCACGAAAACGCCUUAUGGUCUAUGAAGGGCAACUUCAUGAGCAUUCCCACAGAUUGUCCACAAAGAGACGAGAGAUUAGGGUGGACUGGAGAUGUCACCGCAUUCGGGCCGACAAGUGUUUUCCUUUACGACACCUCCGGUUUCUGGAAAGGAUGGAUGAAGGACGUGAACGCUGAGCAGGCUGAUGCUGGAGGAAUUCCUCCCGUCCUCAUACCUCAUGUCCCUCAGGGAUGGACAGCCAACGGAUAUCCACCGACCGCCAUUUGGGGUGACGUAGCUGUCAUCCACCCAUACAAUAUCUUUCAAGCCUUUGGCGAUCGAGACCUUCUCUGCGAACACUGGCCAGGCGUCAAACUUUGGCUUGGUGACGGUGUUAGGCGUGAUUCCACUGGGCUGUGGGAUCGUUCAACCUUUCAAUUCGGUGACUGGCUCGAUCCCCUUGCCCCGCCCUGGGAUCCAGCUGCCUCACAAACAAACAAGUUCCUGGUUGCCGACGCCUACCUUGUGCACGGAAUUGGUCUAGCUGCACAGAUAGCAGAAUGGCUCGGAGAGACAGCAGACGCAGACCGAUAUAAUACUAUUAGUAUCCCUAUUACAGGGUUAUACUAUUUCCCCUAG